GGUAGUUACUUGAUGGUUAUUUUUAGACUCAGCUAGUUACUUUUCAACACUAUUAGCUAAGCUACAUUUCUGUUUGGGUUUCUGAGGAGCCCUGGAGUUCCUAGAAGCCCCCCGUUAAGCCCCCCUUGUGGUUUAUUUGGUGGGUGAAGGUAGUUUGAUAGUUGAGCUUUUGUUUGAAAUGAAGCUUAUGCCCAGGGAAACCACCAGAGAGGACAAGAAAAUCCUGCACAUGAACUCUUGGAGAGGGAUUGCACCAUAACUGCUAAUGCUGUGGCAUUUAAUCUCCUCUGGCUGCCCUCUAACUGUACAUGCAUCAGUCAGUAUUUUAGCAGCUCCACAGGCAAAUGGACUUCUACUUAAAGCAGAGGUUGAAGUCUCCCCUGAACCUCCUGCUUCCCUGUCUUUCUCCUCUUCUAGGUACAGUCAGUGGUGUAGGUUUUCCGUGCCCUUACUCCAGCCCCGAUCGCUCAUGUAAUUAGAUCAGGCUGCCAUGGCAACAGACAGUGUUCCUUGUCCAUUCAGGUCUUUACUUCACAAAAACUACAAGCACCAAGCUCCCUGAUGGAAAGUAGCAUCGUGCAGCAAGUCACCAGGGUGGUCCAAUCACACUGCAGAUUUGUUUGUCAUCCUUGUACAGCAGUCUCCUCCUCCACGGCCACUACAGGGAAGUGCAUCACCUAUCAGCAUACUGGAGCAAAAUGAAAGAGUUUAUUUGGAGGCCUCAGAAGGACUGCUGCUACAGACCAUGAGCAAGAGAGAAAGCGUGGACUUCAGCCUGCAUGAAUGGUCUUGAAACAAAUGGUGUUGGGUCUAGGCAUUUUACAUUGAGUUUUCUACCGCCACCCUUUCUGCUCAAGCAAAAUCUGUGUGAAAAGAUCUGCUGGGAAGAAGCUGACUGCUUAUGUUUCUCCAUUGUGAUGAAAGCACCUGGUACAGUUUUCCAAAGAAAUUAAUUAGUUCGUUUUCUGGGUACAGAGAAACCAAUCUGCUGUUUUCAUAGGGUAUUUCUCACUUCUCUGUGAAAGGAAGAAAGAACACGCCUGAGCCCAGGAGCCCUCCCGCUUCCUGUGGGGCGUCUCCAUGGUGAAGGAAGGCUGCGGUGCCCAGUGAACAGCGCACAGUGAAUGUUAUUCCAGAGCUGCUGCUGGCGGAUCGCACCCACGGGGAGAUGAUUCCUCAUGAAGAGCCUGGAUCCCCUACAGAAAUCAAAUGUGACUUUCCAUUUAUCAGACUAAAAUCAGAGCCAGCUAGACAGUGAAACAGUCACCGUGGAAGGGGGACGGCGAAAAAUGAAAUCCAACCAAGAGCGGAGCAACGAAUGCCUGCCUCCCAAGAAGCGCGAGAUCCCCGCCACCAGCCGGCCUUCUGAGGAGAAGGCCACGGUCCUGCCCAGCGACAACCACCGGGCGGAGGGCGUGGCAUGGCUCCCAGGCAACCCUGGUGCGCGAGGCCACGGGGGCGGGAGGCAUGGCCCGGCGGCGACUUCAGUGGAGCUUGGUUUACAACAGGGAAUAGGUUUACACAAAGCGCUGUCCGCGGGGCUGGACUACUCCCCGCCCAGCGCACCCAGGUCUGUCCCGGCGACCACCACGCUGCCCACGGUGUACCCUCCCCCGCAGUCAGGGACUCCGGUGUCGCCCGUGCAGUACGCUCACCUGCCGCACACUUUCCAGUUCAUUGGGUCCUCCCAGUACAGCGGGCCCUACGCAGGAUUCAUCCCUUCGCAGCUGAUCUCCCCAACGGCCAGCCCAGUCACCAGUGCAGUGGCCUCUGCCGCAGGGGCCACCACUCCAUCCCAGCGCUCGCAGCUGGAGGCCUAUUCCACUCUGCUGGCCAACAUAGGCAGUCUGAGCCAAGCCUCAGGACACAAGGCUGAGCAGCAGCAGCAGCACUUAGGCAGGACUCCGGGGCUCAUCGCGCCAGGGUCCCCACCACCCACCCAGCAGAACCAGUACGUCCACAUUGCCAGCUCUCCACAGAACGCUGGGCGCACAGCCUCUCCGCCAGCCAUCCCCGUCCACCUCCACCCCCACCAGACGAUGAUCCCACACACGCUUACCCUGGGGCCUUCCCCUCAGGUCGUAGUGCAAUACACCGACUCUGGCAGCCACUUUGUUACUCGGGAGGCCACCAAGAAAGCUGAGAGCAGCAGGCUGCAGCAGGCCAUGCAGGCCAAGGAGAUCCUGAACGGGGAGAUGGAGAAGGGCCGGAGGUACGGGGCUCCCACCUCAGCAGACCUGGGCCUGGUGAAGGCCAGCAGCAAGCCAGCUCCUCACCCAUACGAGUCCCGGCACGUGGUCGUCCACCCUGGCCCCGCCGAGUAUGGCGGUCGGGACUCCUCAGGGGUCCGGGCCUCUGUGAUGGUCCUGCCCAACAGCAACACACCCACAGCUGACUCGGAAGUGCAGCAGGUCACGCACCGCGAGGCCUCGCCCUCCACCCUCAACGACAAAGGCGGCCUACAUUUAGGGAAGCCGGGGCACCGAUCAUAUGCGCUCUCACCGCAACAGGCUCUGGGCCCCGAAGGCGUGAAGGCCGCUUCCGUUGCCACGCUGUCACCCCAUACUGUCAUUCAGACCACACAUAGUGCUUCGGAGCCACUCCCAGUUGGACUGCCAGCCACGGCCUUCUACGCGGGGACUCAGCCGCCUGUCAUCGGGUACCUGAGCAGCCAGCAGCAAGCGAUCACAUACGCGGGCAGCCUGCCCCAGCACCUGGUCAUCCCGGGCACCCAGCCUCUGCUCAUCCCAGUUGGCAGUGCUGACGUAGAGGGGUCGGGAGCAGCCUCUGCGAUAGUCACCUCGUCGCCCCAGUUUGCAGCAGUGCCUCACACGUUCGUCACCACCGCCCUUCCCAAGAGCGAGAACUUCAGCCCAGAGGCCCUGGUCACCCAGGCCGCCUACCCAGCCAUGGUGCAGGCCCAGAUCCACCUGCCGGUGGUGCAGUCCGUGGCCUCCCCAGCGGUGGCCCCCCCCACACUGCCCCCCUACUUCAUGAAAGGCUCCAUCAUCCAGUUGGCCAAUGGGGAGCUGAAGAAGGUGGAGGACUUGAAAACCGAAGACUUCAUCCAGAGUGCAGAGAUCAGCAACGACCUGAAAAUCGACUCCAGCACGGUGGAGAGAAUUGAGGACAGCCACAGCCCGGGCGUCGCUGUGAUCCAGUUCGCCGUCGGGGAGCACCGGGCACAGGUCAGCGUGGAGGUUUUGGUAGAGUAUCCUUUUUUUGUGUUUGGACAGGGCUGGUCAUCCUGCUGUCCAGAGAGAACCAGCCAGCUCUUUGAUUUGCCGUGCUCCAAACUCUCCGUUGGGGAUGUCUGCAUCUCGCUGACCCUCAAGAAUUUGAAGAACGGCUCUGUUAAAAAGGGCCAGCCUGUGGAUCCCUCCAGCGUCCUGCUGAAGCACUCAAAGACCGACACCCUCAUGGGCAGUAGACACAGGUAUGCUGAGCAGGAAAACGGGAUCAAUCAGGGAAGUGCCCAGAUGCUCUCUGAGAACGGCGAACUGAAGUUUCCAGAAAAGCUAGGAUUGCCUGCCGCGCCCUUGCUCACCAAAACAGAACCCAGCAAGCCCACGACAACGAGGAAGAGGAGGUGGUCGGCGCCGGAGACCCGCAAACUGGAGAAGUCGGAAGACGAGCCACCUUUGACUCUUCCUAAGCCUUCUCUAAUUCCUCAGGAGGUUAAGAUUUGCAUUGAAGGCCGGUCUAAUGUAGGCAAGUAGAGGCAGUUUGGGGAAAGGAAAUUUGGCCCUCCCUUAUCAUUUGUAUCCAGAUUACUGUACUGUAGGCUAAAUAACAGUAUUUACAUGUUAUCCUCUUCCUUUAGGUUUCUGUUAUAACCUUGUCAUUAGAGUUACAGCUGGUGUUGCGCAGGAAGACUGGUGCAUAUGCUUUUUUUCCACGAGCGUCUGUCAGUGGCUGGGCGGGGGGGCCAGAACAGGGCGAGUCCAGGCGCCAGGCAUCCUAGUGGAGAUGAAUGUGGCUUGAGAGUGCCUGCCGUUUCUAGCAGCAAAGAAGCCUCCACUGGGCUCUGACUUCUGCUGGUUUCAUGAGAAAGUUCUACGGGGAGGGAAUUGCAGGGGUGGGUGCGUGCAGGGCUGCAGGGGUGCCACAGUGAGUGAGGGUCUUUUUCUCUCUGCCUCCCUCCGUCUCGCUCUCUCUUGCUCUCAGCACAGCAUUGGAGGCCCAGAGACACGUACGUCCUCAGGAGGUUCUCACGUGCAAGAUAAAUAUCAGGAACCCAGCUUCAGGGCAUCCUAGAAAGACAUCAGACAGCCGAUGGAAAGCUAACUGUGUAAAAGAACAUAUUUUUUUCCCUCCAACAUAUUUUACAAUAAAAGCAACUUUUAAUCAUAUAGAUAUAUAUUUCCCCCUAUGGGGCCUGACUGCACUGAUUUUUUUUUUUUAAAGAGCAACUGCCACAUGUGGGAUUUCGUUUCUGCUUCACUAGUGCAGUGAUGUCUCCAGGGUGUCUGGGGGAAAGGGCAGCCUCUGUUUGCAUCACUCCACAUGGGGGUGGUGGGCAGUGGGGGUGGGAGAGUGAACACCCACUCUGAUUUCUGUGCAGUGUUAGGAAAACCAAUCAGGUUAUCGCAUUGACUUCGCUCCCAAGAAGUAGACACAAACUGUCCUUCAGAGAGCAGCGGAAGCUCUUCACAUUGGGUUUGCAAAUUUUUUGUCUUUUAACUCUAGUACUGUUUAUAGUUCAUGACUAUGGACAACUCGGGUGCCACUUUUUUCAGAUUCCAGUGUGACGUGAGGAAUUAGAUUUUGAAGAUGAGCAUAUAUAUUACUAUCUCUAAGCACUUAAAAUGCUGUUCACACUUUAUUACCAAGCAUCUUGGUCUAUCAUUCAACAAGUACUGUAUCUCACUUUAAAGUCUUUGGGAAGAAAAACAAAAAAACUAAGUUGCUUUCAUUUUUUCAACACUGUAACUACAUUUCAGCUCUGCAGAGUUUCUCACCUCAAGAUAUCGAAAGUUUCAAUGUGGUUUAAAACGAUGAAUGUGAAUUAUGAACUAGUAUGUGACAAUGAAUGACCACCAAGUACAGCCUGACAGGAAGGCACUUUUCACUUUGAUGUUUGAGAAAAAAUUAAAGGCAUAUGCAGAGCUGGCAGAGAAACUGAGAGAAAAGGGAUGGAAAAAGAGAAUACUCAUUUUUGUCCAGUGUUUUUCUUUUUAAGAUGAACUUUUAAAGAACCUUGCAAUUUGCACAUCUUGAGUUUAUAAUUUGUGUGAUAUUCCUGCAGUUUUUAUCCAAUAACAUUGUGGGAAGGGUUUGGGGGACUGAACGAGCAUAAAUAAAUGUAGCAAAUUUACUUUCUAACCUGCCUAAAUUCUAGGCCGUUUUAUAAGAUUAUGUUCCUUUCAAAAUUCAUUUUGGUCUUUCUACCACAUCUGUCAACAAAAACCAGGUCUUAGCAGGACAACUCUGAGAAUUUUCUUCAGAUUCAUUGAGAGAGUUUUCCAUAAAGACAUUUAUAUAUGUGAGCAAGUUUUUAAAAAAAAAAAACAAAUUUACUUUAUUACUGUGUUAUUAUUUUCAGAAUGACUUUUUUUUUUCAUCUGAAAUCAAAUCAAGAUUUAAUGUUUGGUACAAACCCAGAAAAGGUGUUUCAUAAUUUAAAGCUUUCAUUCCCAGAGAUCUGAAAUAUUGUUUGUGGAUUUUGGGUUUGCAUCUUAAAGUGCUUUAAAAAAAAAGUUUUAUAAGUAGGGAGAAAUUUUUAAAUAUUCUUACUUGGAAUGGCUGCAACUAGUCUGAACAAAUGCUUAAUCUCAUUUUUCUUUUACCAUUGAAAAUAGUACUUCCAUUUCACAAAUUUAAAAAGAAAUUCUAAGGUCAACCCACAUUUUGGCUAUCUAGUAGUCCUUCACAUUUCAUUCUCACCAGAACUAAUGAUUUUUAUAAACCAUUUUCUGGGAUGUACCAAAAACAUUUGAAUAGAUUUAGCAUAACUAGAACCAGUCCUUGACUUUCUUCGAAAUUUAUUACCCUCUCAGCAUGUUAGCAGAGAGCUGGGUGGGCCCAUUCUCGCAGUCGUAAUGCUUAUUUAGUGCUGUAUUUUUGUAAGCGUUUCUGUUCAGAGAACUUGCUUAAUCUUCCAUAUAUUCUGCUCAGGGCACUUGCAGUUAUUAGAUUUUGUUGUUGUUUUAUAACCUUUGAUGGUAAGAGGAAUAUGGGGCUGCCACGGCGACUUUGUCCUCCUUUGUACCGCUACUGACAGCCACUCAUGUGGACUCAGAAAAACACCCACCACCUUUUGGCUUCCUUCGCGUGUUGAACCAACUGGAUCCACAACACCAACUCUGAAAUGGGAAAACAUACAUGGCUUGAGCAAUAGGAACAUCGUCAUCAUGUUUGUGCUUGUAUUUCAGGUAUAGGAAUUCUAAGAGAAUUGGCUCUUUCGAAACGUUGUCCCAUUUCACUCUCUGGCUUUUUUAGCAUGUGCAAUACGUUCUGUGCCAAUAGAGUUUGAUCCGUGUGCUCUAGUUAAAACUCUGUGCCCUUUCGGCGUUUUCCUUGUCAGGAGGGAAAGAGCCAGGAGGAGAGGAGCCUCCUGCGGCAAGCUCUCCCCCUGCGGCUGUGGAUCCUGAGUGCUGGGUGGGAGCCUGCGGGAGCACCAGGUGUCUGUCACCAGGUGACAGAAAGAGCAAGCAAAAGAGAUCUAAGGGAUGAGCUGCAGUUCCCCCUGUGACCUCGAGGAAUAGUGAAGGUGGAGUGUGGGGGGCAAGGAGGCAGAGUCAUUGCUAAGGCGCGCUCUGGAGCAACACAGCCAGGGUCAACCCAUGUUCCACGUCUUUUCUGAAAGUGGGCAGGCCGGUCCUCGGGUCCGUGACCUUGAGACUUUGAGCUAUGCCUCUGGGCCUGGGCAGGAAGUGUGGCUUGACAGGUGCGUGCACUCUGAGCUUGCUGGCCAGAGGCUGUGGAGGGGGCCACCUGUGAACGCUGGUCACCACUCCUCUGUGGCAGCUUUCUCUUCAAAUAGGAAGAACAUCCAGGGGACAGGGAACCUCCUCUUGUUUGCAGAUAUCGGCAAGCCUGAGGUUCCCAGAGCAGCCUUUGUCACCAUUCCUGGGUAGCAAACCUAACACUGACAGGCGUAGAAAUUCUCCGGUGCCCUGCAGCGUACGAGGAUCAGCCAUGUGCCUCUGUACUAUGUCCACUUUGCAAUAUUUACUGACAGCCGCCUUUAGUUCUCUCUUUCCUGUUCUCCAUUUUUAAACUAAUAACAGCAGGCCUUUUGCGUUUACAAUGGAACACAAUCACCAAGAAAUCAGUCAGGGUGAAAAAAAAAUAAUAAGAAACCAACAAACAAGAACCUCUCUUUAUAGGGAUUUCUAAAUAUAUGAAAUGACUGUUCCUUAGAAUAUUUCACUUAAGAAUUAUUUCAGUUUGGGCCACAUUCAGGAGGGGGAGAUAAAGAGAUGGGUGCCACUUACCUCAAAUCUUUUAAAACAGAAAUCCAAAUUGCAUUUUCAUUUGGACUUUCAGGAUCAUUUUAUAUGUUGGUCAAUUUUUUGUUUUCCCCAACUCACCCAGUUUGGUUUGGGAUGGUUUGCUUUUUUUUUUUUUUUUUUUUCUUCAUUGCUGUUGUUGAUCCCACUUCUAACUCUGAAUUGUAACCCUAUGUUUUUUGUUAGGUGAGUGUGUUGGGUUUUUCCCCCCACCAGGAAGUGGCAGCAUCUUCCUUCUCCCCUACAAGGAACUCUGCGGAACCUUUCACACCUCUUACUCAGGGAUGGGGCUGGCGUGUGUGUGGUACACUGAUGUGUCCAGAAGCAGCACUUUGACUGCUCUGGAGUAGGGUUGUACAACUUCAAGGAAUGUUUGGAUUUCCUGCGUCUUGUGGAUUACUCCUUAGAUACUGCAUAGAUUGCAAUAUAAUGCUGCAUGUUCACGAUGAACAGUAGCUCCUAGUAAUCAUUAAAUCCACUCUUUGCACAUAGUUAGAUCUUUACUGAAAUAUGUUGCCAAAAUUUAUUUUUGUUGUUGUAGCUUUGGAAUUUUGUUUGUUUGUUUCUUAAGGAAACAAUUGACAAUACCCUUUAACAUCUGUGACUACUAAGGAAACCUAUUUCUUUCAUAGAGUGAAAAAUCUCAAAUGCUUUUUGAAGACACUAAUGCCAUGCUAUUUCAGAUUUGGGUGGAGAAGCAGAGCUCUUAGGACAGAAGGCCAGGCUUUUUGAGCUGUGUUGGUCGUCAUGGCUACUGUUUCAUGAACCGCAAGCAGCUCAACAAACUGCGGUCUGUUCUCUCCUAAAAGCCUUUGCAUUUCCUAUUUCCCAGUCACCCGUAAUGAUUCCAGGUGAAAAAGGGCCAGCAGUCUCCGUGGCCCGAUCCAGCUUCUUCGAUGGUGAUAUGAAAGAAAAGGGAAUUGUUUUUUUUGUUGUUUUUUUUAAGUGGAGUGGAGCCCUUUGCUUCCCCUUUUGUGUUUUCAACCCAGAAUUUCUGAAAUAGAGAAUUUUAAGACAACAUCAAGUAAUAAAGAUAGAGAAUAUACUUUUUUAUAAAGCACAUGCAUAUGCUAUUGUGUUGGGUUGGUUUCCUCUCUUUUCCACGGACAGUGUUGUGUUUGUUGAUAGGGAAACUCCAAACAAUUUGCACAUCUCUACUCUGGAGCUGAGAUUUCUUACAUAGAUGACCUCGCUUCAAAUAUGUUACCUUACUGAUAGGAUCUUUUCUUGUAGCACUAGACCUUGUGGGGAUUUUCUUUUUUUGUUUUUUUAAUGUACACCUAAUUUGAGACGCUGAAGAAAAAAAAUUUCUUGAAGCACUCACUUUGAGGAGUACAGGUAAUGUUUUUAAAAAUUGCACAAAAGAAAAAUGAAUGUCGAGAUGAUUCAUUCAGUGUUUGAAAGAUAUGGAUCUGUUGAAACAAUGAGUUUCAUACCUUGUUUGUAAAAAAAAAAAAAAAGCAUAAAGGUUGAAAGUUACAUGUUUUUGGUUUUUUUUUUGUUUUUUUUUUUUUGUAUAUAGAAAUUUGUCAUGUCUAAGUGAUCAGAUUUGUAUGGUUAUGGCCUGGAAGAAUUACUACGUAAAAGGCUCUUAAACUAUACCUAUGCUUCCUUUAUGUUUUGUUACAUAGAGCCCUCUUCUGAGGGAGGGCCACUCUGUAUUCUGCAAUUUGAGAACACUGUUCAUUCCUAUGCUGAAAGGACUUCUCUGAGCUCCCUUCUUAGUUUAAACUCGUAAGCCAUUGCAACUCCUUUUUCUUCAGAGAUGAUGUUUGACAUUUUCAGCACUUCCUGUUCCAAUAAACCCAAAGAAUAUAAUCCUGAACAAGAAGUGUUUGUAACAAGGGAUCCUAGCUACCAAUAAAAUAGGACUCAUUAUGAGGACAAAAAAAAAAAAAAAAAA